AUUCUCAUGCAAUAGACAUGUUUUGGUAAUAUCACAGAGAAGAACAAAAUGCUAUCUGUCAUCGUCGCCGCCGUGCCGUGGUCACUGUCGUCGUCGUCUCCUUCGUCGUUGUUCUCGUUUAUCGCGUAAUAAUAAAUAAAUAAAUAAUUGAAUUUCGCAAGACAAAAAAAAUAAUAAAUAAAUAAACCAAAAAAAAAAAGUUAUAACGACAAUAACUAGAAUUAUAAUUUAUUUUAUAAAAAAAAGGAACCGAAUACAAUUCGCUUCUCUAUCUCUCUGUACUCAGUGUGUUGUUCUUCUUUCUUUCCGUUCUUUCUCGUCGUUGUUGGUUUGGUUGGGUUGGUGUUUUUUUUUCUUAAAUUUUUUUAUCUCCAAUUAGAAUCCUCCGCCGAUGUGUUUUUGCUUUUAUUUUUUGCUGCUGUGCUGCUGCUGCUGUACCCCAAUCGUAUAGCCUUCGUAAGUUUGUCGUCUGUCUACUACAUCGUCGCUGUCGCCGUCGUCGUCUCUCUGUCGUGUGAAAAAAAUAUAUAUUUUUUUCUCUUCUGUUUUAAGUGGAAAUCACGGAGAAAAAUUUUAUGUAAUAAAAGUUUUUUUUUUUUGUGCAAAAAUACGAAAAAGAAAAAAUAAAUAAAGCUCACAACUUGAACGACGUGCGAGCAUUUUUCGUAUAUUUAUUUGUGUAGUUGAACGCGGUGCUUUGCAACUCCACUCCCCUGUGUGUCGGUGUACUCAACCGUCCAGACGGCGAGCUGUCAAACUUCACCUCCCCCAUAUAAUCGGUUUUUUUUUGCUUUUUUGGUAGCCUCGCAGUUUUUUGCUUCUUGAAAGAAGAAAAGUGUGUUUUUCGGAAAAUGUGAAAUACACAGAAUUUAAUGAAAAUUUUGAGAAAAAAAAAUUGUAACGAAAUGUCUCGCAUGCGAUUUAUGUGAAUGCGAAUUAUAUUUCAAUUAAAAAUAAAUAAGAGAAGUGAAUUGAAGUGAAGUUUGAACAAAACUUCAUUCUGUUUGUGGUUUAAAAGUGUUUAAAGGUGUAAACCCCUUUUUUGCAAUGGAUAUGAUGCAUCAAAUGCACUACUGGUUUAAAUGUCAAUCAAAUUUAAAUAAUAAUAAUAACCCAAGUCCGGUUCCGGUGGGAUCGUUAAUAAAUAUGAGAAUGGUGUCGUCGUCCAUUAUUGAAUACAAUGACGGUAAAUAAAAAAGUGUUACCAAUUCAACGCAACGAAAAUUGUCUGAAAAAGGAUUUUAUUUUUGCUUUAAAUUCCUGCUAAAAUAUAUGAUAAAAAAAAAAGUUAAGUGAAAAAUAAAUACAAAAAAAGAGGCAGAAAAUUCUUUUAAAGGAAAACCCGAAAAAACCCGAGAGAGAUAGAAGAAACACCAAGAAUAAAUAAAAUAAAAAAAAAGAACGUGUGUGUUGCUCUAAAAAUAUAAAUAAAUUUUCGUAUUUUAUUUAUUUUUCUUUUUUUUUAUUCGUCGUUGUCGUCUCUCCUUGCCUUGGGAUGAACUUUUUCGCGUUUUUUGGUGUGUGAGAGGAGCAAGCAAAUAAAAAUAAAAAAAUAAAAAAAGGAAAAGAUAAGAAAAAAAAAACCUUAAAAGUUUGUCGUCGUCCGUUGUUGUUUUUGUUUUUUUUUUUCUUUGAAGAAAUAUUUCACGUAAAUUUCGUCGUUGUCGGUAUUGCCCCGAUUUGCCGACGGUGAAUUCGAAAUUUUCGAAUUUCCGCGUAUGAUCUCUAAAAAAAUUUGACAGAUUCGAAAUGUCAUUUGUAAACUAAGAACCAGACGCAUUAAUCAAUCAAAAGUUGACAGAUAAAACAAAAGAGAGGAGAAAAAUUUGCGUUUUUUUUUGUUUUUCUUUCAUUUUGUUUUUUUUUGCAAAUAAAAUAUGACCGAAUACGUAACGCAAAACAUACGCACUGUACUGAAAACGUACCAAAGUAGUGCAACAAAAAGUUUGCAAGGUCCUGGACAAUCAUUAGUAGCUGCGGCAGCAGCAGCUGCUGCCGCUGCCGCCGGUUCUGCUGGCAGCCCGACGACAAUAAUCAAAAAGGAGAUUCUAAGCUCUCCGGAGCCACUGGAUGUCAAUGAAUCACCAACACUGAUAGUGCCACCACCGCCGCCGCCUGAAUUGCCGCAGCCAAUUCUGACGGCAGCGGACACAGGACGUGGCGAACUGUAUGAGACACGUCUCGAGGGCAAGACAAUUGGAUGUUUUUCACUUGGCGGCGAGUUACGCCUCUGCCUGCCACAAUUUCUCAAUAAUGUGCUAGCGGAUUUUACACUCGAUCAGAUAAAUCGAAUAUUUGACGAAUUGGGUAUAUUCUGCUCGCAAUGCACCCCAGAUCAGUUGAUGGAAUUUAAGGCGGCCAAAAUACUGCCGUCGGAUGUUAAGGCGAGUGGUUUGAUAACGCGCACAGAUGCAGAGCGUUUGUGUGCGGCGCUAUUGCAUCGGGCCGCUGAUCGGCAUCAAUAUGCGAUAGAUGACAUUCCGAAGGGUGCUAUUUCGUUUAAGGUCUAUCAUCGGUGUUUUGGCAAGAGCGAGGGCAUAUGUACGCCAGAUAUGUAUUCGUAUAUGAAGCCAGCAUGUAUUGUGUGUAUUGAGUGUAAGGGUUGGUUUACACCGCAAAAAUUUGUUGGGCACGUGCAUCGGCAGCAAGAAAAUCGCACAUGUCAUUGGGGUUUCGAUUCGAGAAAUUGGCAUGAAUAUUUGCAUGUGGCGCUAGAUGUGGAAAAUCGUGAGAAAUAUACAAAGAUUUUGGACGAAUUGAAGGAAAUUGAGAGGAAGGAAACGCUUAAGGCGCAGCGAGAUUUAAGCUAUUUGAAAAGAAAGGUAAAUGAAAAACUUCUUAAUGAAGAUCAAACAAUUUUGGCUGAACUUGACGAAACGAUAAUCGCUGCACCCCCAUGCAAACGAGAACCCAUAGACAUUCCAUCGAAAAAAGUCAAGAGUCUCGAUGAAACGUCAGCAUAUCAACUCGACUAUCAGCGAUACCAGCAGGCACUCAUAUACCAUUGUGCCCAUCAACAGCAACAGCAGCAGCAGCAGCAGCAGCAACAACAACAGCAACAACAACAGCGUGGCCAAAUGUCAGCGUUUCGUCCGUGGGCGCCGAAGGCGUUUCUCCCAUUGCCAUAUAAUUCUGUAGCAGCCUUGCCAUAUUUGAGUCAAGAACCGCCGGUAUUGCAAAAUCCCGAACGAGUAGUGCGUAAUACCGAGAGUGAACGAUUCGAACGUACUUAUCAGCCGAACGUGGCGCUGGCGCCUCGAAAGAGCAUACUCUCGAAAGAAAGAGAAAAAGAAAGAGAACGUGAGAGGGAAAGAGAACGAGAGCGAGAACGAGAACUUGAACGACAACAAACGCAACACGCCGCCAUAACAAAUCUCUGCGAAGCUGAGCUUCACAUCAAACAAGAGCGACCUAGUUCGCCCGAUGAUAUAGCACAAUCGCCUGAAGAGAUGCGAAUGCCAUCGCCAACGCCUCUCACCAACAACACCAACAAAAGCAAUAACACCAACCUCAACAAUCGACGUCAUUCGAUGCACUCACCUCAACAACCACCACCGCCAUCAGCGCAACUUCAUUCACGCCAUUUGCACCACACCCCGCCGCAACCAAUAAGUCCCGAAGAGUUUUCCGGUUCGAAUGAAAUCACCUCAUCGACAUCACCAAUACCCAAUAACAACAACAACAACACCAACAAUAACGGUCCGUUGAGUAAUACUUCACCGAACAGCAUUCAACAGCACUUGCAGCAUCUGCAGCUGCAACAAACCCUCCACCAACACCACGUUGCCGCGCACCAGCAACAUCGAAUUCACCAACACCAUCAACAACACCAACAACAAAGCCCUCACCAUCCGCACCAAUCGCAAUCAAUAAUCGCAACAAUCAAUCAACAUACUAAACUACUAACAACUGCCGACAACAAUAACGUUUUAUGUUUACCGAGUCGUAUUCGCAUUAGUAAGAAUUUAAUAAAUCAAUCGAACAUAGUUCGGUCACCAACACCGCCACCACUUGCGCCAUCUGCUGCCAAUCAUGAGCAAUAUAAUAGUAACAAACGGCAACACCAUCAAAUCCAACAGCAAUCGCCAUCGCAAUCUUCCGCAUCAUUGUCUUCCAAUUCGUUGUCGGCGCAAGCGACAGGUGCAGCGGUAGCUGCUGCUGUCAAUCUGGUUACCGGAGGUGGAGCCACUAACGCUGUAGCUCCAGGGGUAUUAGUCAAACCCCAUCCACACCUCAACGGUGGAGUUGUGGGAACACCCGGUAUCAUUGGCAACUCGGAGUUCGAACUCUCGACGGACACUGACGACGACAGCUUAAAUGGUGAACCCGACAGUCAAAGCAACAUGCUGGCGCCGUGGGAACAAGCCGCUGAUGCUCUAAAAGACACCCGUCCCAAAGAUCGAGAGAAAAUACUGCAACUCCUGCAGAAACUUAUCCACGAUAACAACCAAAUACGCUUUGAUAACCUGCAAUUAAUAGAAGAGGUACGAAAGCGGGACGAACAAAUCUGUGAUCUGCAGCAGGAACUGCAGCAUUAUCGGCGACAGGUUGCACUUCUAUCGCCCGCAAUUGUUCAUCAGAAAAUCAACAGCAGUUGCAGCAAUAGCAGUACAAGCAGCAAUGGCAGCAGCAGUAGCAGCAAUGGCAGUGUGAUUGCCAAAAUUGACAGCUGCAGCAGUCAAAACGAAAUGUCAGCAUCAACGCCAACUCCAACAUCAGCAGCAUCAGCGUUACUUUAUCACCAAGAGUCACAGCAAACUAAAAACGAAAACGAUAAGAUUAAGGUGCCCUUAAAGAAGUCAGUGCGUCGCAGUCCUGAGGAAACAGUUGUUGUGUUGAAUCAGAAUAUUGGCAAUGCUGAUGAUUCGAUGGUGACGUCGCCUGUUCAAUCUGUUGCCAAUGAGGUCAAAAGCGAAUCAAAACAAAUGCCAAAUUCAGUGAAUACAACGAACGGUGAAGCGCCACCUACAUCCAAUUCACCGCUUACCGCCUCAGCGACAUCAUCUACAGCACCAACGUCAACAUCUCCGAUGGAUUCGUGUGAUGAUGAAUCACAAAAGGAUACAAAGCCAAUGGUGGCGUCACCGGCUCUAUCCUCUUCAUCAACAUCAUCAUCAUCGUCGUCGUUAUCAACCGCCACAUUAACGCCAUCUAGCGGGUUUACACCUGCAACGAUUAAAAUGGAGAAAUAGCCCUUAAAUUUAAAAGUUUAUGUUAAACAUACAAACAUAGGCCAACUGAUUAAUCAAUCACAAUAAUUUUUUGUAUUGUUACACUAACUCAUUUAACAAAAAAAAAAAUAAGAAAAAUGAAGAAAAACCCUCCUUCUCUCAUCCCCCUUCGUGUAGGUUAUAUAUCUAUCGUUAGAAUUUGCUUAGAUUUUAAAAAUCAGCAGUAAAACAAAAAAUGUUAAACAAAAACAAAAAAUUAACAUAAAGAUAGUCAACUGUGAGAUUUAAAUUGUAGGACAUUAAAUUAUUUUAGUUUGUUUUUUAUUAUUUUUUUUUAAUAAGAGUAUUAGACAAAAAAAAGCUAUUUAAAGUACAUAAUCAUAUAAGUUGUAAAUAUGUCUUAUAUAAUAUUUAAACAAAAAAAAAGAGAGUUUAUUGUUCGUUAUUAAAACGAUGUUUUGAAACAAAAUUCAGAGCUAGGCCAUUGUAUAAAUUAAAUGCAUAUGUUUUGGUUUAAGCAUUGUGUUUCCAACCUUAAUUU